AUGGCUAUUCCUCAGGCAAGGAGCGCUUCCUCUUGCGAAAGGCAUCCCAAAGGUCCAUUAAGGUUCCAAGGAACAGGAAGGCAUCGAUUCUGUACAAACACUUCGGGCAAUUUGGGUGGAGAACAAACUACAGCUGAACUCCCGGGUGAUUGGGUAUCAAUAGGUCAGAGCACACAAUGGCUCUGGUACUCUGUGUAUGCGAGCAAGCUCGUCAGUUGGCGUACGAGGAUGUUGGUUGUUACUGAAUGGGGAAGGCGUUUUAUUUUCAGAAGGACUCGAGUCAAAUCCGAGACAGCUUGA